AUGAAUCUGUGCCUGUUGCUCCUGAUCUCUGGACUUUGCCUGACAGCUGAUGUCUGCGCUGGGAAGGUGUGUAGCUUUCAGGACGUGGUGGACCAUCUGAACCUGACGGCCAACGGGAACAGACUGACCACAGUGCGGCCUGUGCGAGACUGGACCGUGCCUACUGUUGUGCAGUUGGACAUCUCCAUCUCCGCCAUCUUAUCUGUGUAUUGGAAAAACGACUUCAUCUUCUGGGAUCCAGAGGAUUUCUGUGGGAUCCAGCAUGUUACUGUUCCCCGACAUCUGCUCUGGAAGCCGGAUCUGCUGGUCGAUGAGAAGAUGGAGACGAAUCAACCCGACCCGAGUGAGUACCUGAUGGUGAAGCACAAUGGCGAGAUCACGAUGGACAUCAACAUGAAGGUGGUAUCCACAUGCGCCAUAGAUGUCUAUAAGUUUCCGUUUGACACCCAGAAAUGCAGCCUCACUUUUUCAUCAGCCCUUCACACAGACAAAGAGAUCCAGAUGGUUCCUGUGUCCAACUCCUCCUCUCGCAUAACCAAGAACUCACAAGCCCGCAUGCAGACCGAGGGAGAGUGGGAGUUCCUCAACGUUUCUGUGCACACUAUCACACAAGACAUUGCAGAAUAUGGCAGUUAUGACCAUGUGAUCUACACGAUCACCAUAAGGAGGGCUCCUCUGUUGUAUGUGCUGACCUUCAUCGUCCCCGUCCUCUUCUUCCUCACUCUGGACCUGGCGUCCUUCUUCAUAUCGGACGCACGUGGGGACAAGCUGGGCUUUAAAGUCACAGUGCUGCUGGCCAUGUCUGUGUUACUGCUCAUCCUCACCGACACUUUACCCUCUAAAGCUAAAAAAACUCCACUCAUAGCUGUGUAUGUGAUCGUGGUGUUUGCCUUCAUGCUGCUGAGUGUGCUGGAGACCAUUCUGGUGGCGUACCUGAUGGAGAGAGCCUCCACCCAGCAGGCCAGGGGGCUGGGCAGCGCCGUCACCUGCGGAAGGGCCCCCAGCCCCGAGGGCCUCCACCUCAACAACGGCACCGCAGGAAAGAGGACGUCCGUGGUGAGCGGGUGUGUCUGUGGAGAGGACGGGGUCCGUCAGCUCGAGACCCUCCCCAUGGUGACCCCCCCUGAUCCCAACUCCGAGGGGGCCGAGGGUCACUGCCUCAGCCACCUCCUGCGCCUCAUCCUCCAGGAGCUGCGGACCGGUAGAACCCAGCAGAACCCAGCGCUGGAGAAUGGGCCAGCCUCGUAUCAGAACACGGUGGUCCGGCCCAUAAACACCGCCUUCUUCAUCUUCUACCUGCUCUCCACCUCUGUCUUCUUACUCUGUCUCUUCCUCCACUGGAUCUACUGGUAG